GGAAGGUGUCACCAGGCAGCAGGACGGGGAAAGGAGAAGCAGCUGACAGUGGCACCCGGGCCGGCAGCUUCCCAAGUUCCCCAGGUUAGCACAUUCCUGUGCAGUCGCAUUUCCCCAUCUCCUCACCACCACCCCGCUUCUGGCAGUCCCCUAAGCUGUCGGGGCUGAGCGCGCUUCCUCCCUCCUUGCUCACCCCAGAUCAUGUGCUGACUCCCACCUCCUCCUUCCUCAGGGAUCUGAAAACAAGCACCUCCACACCUCCCACAGCACAGGAACUGGAUUGGGCCUUUCCCACAGCGCCGUGGCACGAAGCAGCCACAUCCCCAGCCUCCCAGCCAUGCUUAAAAGAGGCCCUUGCCUUCAACAGACCCCCCACAACACACAUAACCAACCACACUGGUAUUCCAAGGUCCCUCCUCGUGGCCAAGUCCAUGGGCACCUGCCCCUCCUCUUGCUAACAGCUCCACCUGGACAUUCUGUCCCUGGGCUUGCAAGACAUCUUGCUCUCCUCCUCCUCCCUGGUCGCCACUGGGCGCUCCUUUCACUCCUGCAGGAUGGAGUCAGCAGGGCUGCCACCAGGCCUUUGCUCAUACAGCGCUCUCCCUGGAGGGCCUCACCCGGCCUCCAGCUCACCGAGACCCCAAAGUGGAAAUGCCUCCUGGGCCUCUCUCCUUGUGGGUCCCUCACACAAGCUCACCAAGUCCCAAACCAGUUUUCCUCACGCUGUUCUCUUCCGCCUUCUGGUGGGUGCCUGGCCACCCGGUUACCAAAAUCUAUGACCCAUCACCCUCACCACCCUCUCCUAUUUCACUGGCCAAACUGGGCGAUUCUACCGUGGCCAGCUCUGGCCAGGCCAAACGUGCCUUGCGCUCUCACACCACACCGCUGCACCUGCCUGGUAAGCUCUUCCUGGACGUCUGAGCUCAAAGGCCUUCUUUGUCCUCAUCUCCUGCCCUCACAGCACAGCUGGCUCCCUUUUCUAGAGGCCCCCAUGGGAUCCCCUGUCGGACAGCUCAUCAUUUGCUGUCUGCAUUCCUCGCACACCUGCAAGUGUUUCUUGGGGCGGGGGUGCUGUCUGAUGUACCUGUGUCCAUGUGUUUUGUGCACAUGGGCCCUCAGUUCUGCUCAGUAAACGGCUGCGUAAUGGGAUGAGGCUGGGGCAGGGCAAGUCCAACCCAGAGGCUCCACGGGAGCGUGGGAACCAGCACUGUGACAAGUGCCCCAUGACUAUGAGGCUGUGUGGCUGGGAUUCCAGCAUGCGUGUGCCUGUGACCACAUGGCUACAGCACUGGCUAUCACUUCAGAGAAGGCGUCUCCAUGUGUUAGCCAUUCUGGAUUUCUGUUGGCACCUUCAACAGGGGCUCCAGGCCCAACAUGGGCUGCUGGUCCCUGUGGCUGCUCUCAAGGGUGCCUCCCCCACCAGUAUCCCACGAGUGGUCACCGCAGAGUGGGACCCAGCCAAAACUGCCUCCUGCCUGUCUGCUGGGACAGGUCAGCUUGUCCCUGAAACUAGUCCCUGCCCCUCCUAAGGAUAUUUCCACUGGGCCAAGGCAUGGCGUUUGAGAAGAUACCAGUGAAACCAUCUAAAGGACCUAGAACCACACAGGGGUGAGAAAGAUCCUCAGAGGCCAUCCCGUCAGACCCUGCAUUUCCCUUUUGUAGAUCUCUCCCCCUUUGUAAUUUUGGGGGCUAUGUCAUCCCCACUGUGCUGUAAGUUCCAUGGGACCAGAACCAGGCCCAUCUGGUUCCUGAUGUACCCCAACCACCAGCACAGGGCAGGCAGCACGUGCUGGAUGCCAGCAAACACGUAUGUUUAGAGUGAAUGAAAACAUUUUUAUGGGCAGAACAGGAACCAAGAACUAGCUGAUGCCACUGAGCAAGAGCUGACCCCGGGGUAGGAUCCAAUGUCUUCAUUUUACAAAUUCAACAGCUGAAGCCUGGGGAGUGGCAACAGUGAGAAAGGCGUCCAGCUGCCAGGUGACUUAGUACCUCACAGGCUGAUCGUUUCCUCUCCUCUCACCCCAUGUGGUACCUAAGUACGUACCAUUAAUACCCCUUGGCCUAGAUGAGGAAAUUGUUUCAGUGGUUAAGCAGCUUGCCAAGGUUACCUGUUGUGCCAGGCAAGAUUAGAAUUCGGUCUGUUUCCCUGAGUUGCCACCUACCAGGUCUUUAGGAAUCAGGUCGGAAGGGAAAGGAAGGGAAAGGGGGCGGAUCCAGGUAGCCUGAGGACUAGGAGAUUCCCCCUCGGAGUGGGGGGGCGGGAGAGUACCUUCCCUUGUAUCCUAAUUGGGCGGACCACUACGAAGGACCAGGGUGCCCCACCCAAACCUCAGCUCUGAGGCAGGAAGCCGGGACCUCCCCACCCCCAUCAGGAGCCCUUUCUCCGAGGACCCAGGCUAAUCCACGGCCGCUCUCCCACGGAAAUGGCCCGACAGGGGUCAGAAGAGGAGGGAGGGACUGCGGGCAUGGCGAGGACCACUGACGCACAGCUUUAAACGGCGUGCCUCCGCCGGCCUGCUGGGAAACCGCGCCGCACAGACCAAUAGGACCGGAGGCGGAGACCGGUUGGCUCCCAUCUCGCAGGGCGGGCGGGGAGCCUGGGAAGGGGAAGGGAGAGGCGGGCAGUGGGGCGCGGCGCCAGCCCGGAGCCGAGCCCUCGCGGCCCCACGCAGCAGCCUCGACGGGGGCGUCGCCCAAGCCCCCCCUUCUAGGGCCCCGUGCGUGUUGGGGACCCUGCACGUGACUCGGUGAUGCAGAACGGUUAUGACCUUCAGAGUGUGUCUGUGAAGCGAGGGUCCCAGCAACAGUGCGGGUUUGCGCCCGGCCCUGCCUGUGCGUGCGGGGACGUGUGGGUGUGUGGGCAUGUGUGGGUGUGUUGGGGAGGGUGCCCAGCGACAUGUGACAAAGAUUCCCAUCUCUGAGAGAUGGUGAAGGGGCCCGGGAGCUGGCGCUUUGUCUGACUAGCUGCAGAGUGACGGUUCGCGCAGCGGCGGCGGGCGCCCGGGCGGUGCAGGAUGCCGGGGCGCCAGGGUACCCGGGGGCGCGCGCGCCUGUGCCAGGGUGAGUGCGCUGCGGCAGCGCCGGGGGCCUGCGCGGCGGGCCUGCGCCGGCCAGAGCCUCGGGCGUGACCAGGAGCCACCCGUGGGCGCUGCAGUGGCCGCGUGUCCCCGUGACCUCUGGAACCAGCCCGGGUGGAUCCCCACGCGCCCCUCCCCGUCCGCCCUCCACGUGCGUGUCCGCGGCGCGCGUGCUCGCUGGCGCGCACCCGCCUGCCUGUCCGCCGCCACGAGCCGCGCCGGGAAAAGGUGCCGGGAACCGAGUGAGCCGGGGCUGCGGGCCCAAGCGCCAUGGGCUGGAGGGCGCCCGGUGGGCGGCCGGUCAGCCCCGGGCCUCGCCCCCGCCGGAGAGCCACCUGGAGUCGGUGGGGGCCGGCGGGGCCCAUGGGGAGGCCGGCCCGCGCCCCCUGAACUACGGAUACCAGGGCACUCACCAUGGCCCCACCGCUCCUGCUGCUGCUGCUGGCCAGUGGAGCGGCGGCCUGCCCACUGCCCUGCGUCUGCCAGAACCUUUCUGAGUCGCUCAGCACCCUCUGUGCCCACCGAGGCCUACUGUUCGUGCCGCCCAAUGUGGACCGGCGCACAGUGGAGCUGCGGCUGGCUGACAACUUCAUCCAGGCUUUGGGGCCACCAGACUUCCGCAACAUGACAGGGCUGGUGGACCUGACACUGUCCCGCAACGCCAUCACUCGCAUCGGGGCCCGCGCCUUUGGGGACCUGGAGAGCCUGCGCUCCCUGCACCUGGAUGGCAACAGGCUGGUGGAGCUGGGCACCGGCAGCCUGCGGGGGCCCGUCAACCUGCAGCACCUCAUCCUGAGCGGCAACCAGCUGGGCCGCAUCGCACCCGGGGCCUUCGACGACUUCCUGGACAGCCUGGAGGACCUGGACCUGUCCUACAACAACCUGCGGCAGGUGCCCUGGGCUGGCAUCGGCGCCAUGCCUGCCCUGCACACCCUCAACCUGGACCACAACCUCAUCGAUGCGCUGCCCCCGGGCGCCUUCGCCCAACUCAGCCAGCUCUCCCGCCUUGACCUCACCUCCAACCGUCUGGCCACUCUGGCCCCCGACCCGCUCUUCUCCCGGGGGCGUGACGCCGAGGCCUCACCCGCUCCCCUGGUGCUCAGCUUCAGUGGGAACCCCCUGCACUGCAACUGUGAGCUAUUGUGGCUGCGGCGGCUGGCCCGGCCCGACGACCUAGAGACCUGCGCCUCCCCGCCAGGCCUGGCUGGCCGCUACUUCUGGGCCGUGCCCGAGGGCGAGUUCUCCUGUGAGCCGCCCCUCAUUGCCCGCCACACACAGCGCCUCUGGGUGCUGGAGGGCCAGCGGGCCACACUGCGGUGCCGGGCCCUUGGUGACCCUGCACCCACCAUGCACUGGGUCGGCCCCGAUGACCGGCUAGUCGGCAACUCCUCCCGAGCCCGAGCUUUCCCCAAUGGGACCCUGGAGAUUGGGGUGACAAACGCUGGGGAUGCAGGGGGCUACACCUGCAUUGCCACCAACCCUGCCGGCGAGGCCACAGCCCGUGUAGAGCUCCGGGUGCUGGCCUUGCCCCAUGGCGGGAAUGGCAGCACUGAAGGUGGCCGGCCAGGGCCCUCGGACAUUGCUGCUUCGGCCCGCACCGCUGCAGAGGGCGAGGGGACACUAGAGUCUGAGCCAGGCGUGCAGGUAACGGAGGUGACCGCCACCUCAGGGCUGGUGAGCUGGGGGCCAGGGCGGCCAGCAGACCCCGUGUGGAUGUUCCAAAUUCAGUACAACAGCAGCGAGGACGAGACCCUCAUGUACCGGAUCGUCCCAGCCUCCAGCCACCACUUCCUGCUGAAGCACCUGGUCCCUGGUGCCGACUAUGACCUCUGCCUACUGGCCCUGUCACCUGCCGCUGGGCCUUCCGACCUCACGGCCACCAAGCUGCUGGGCUGUGCCCACUUCUCCACGCUGCCUGCCACGCCCCUGUGCCACGCCCUGCAGGCCCAUGUGCUGGGCGGGACCCUGACCGUGGCUGUGGGGGGUGUGCUGGUGGCUGCCUUACUGGUCUUCACUGUGGCCUUGCUGGUUCGGGGCCGGGGGGCCGGGAAUGGCCGCCUCCCACUCAAGCUCAGCCAUGUCCAGUCCCAGACCAAUGGAGGCCCCAGCCCCACCCCGAAGACCCACCCGCCACGGAGCCCCCCGCCUCGCCCCCAGCGCAGCUGCUCCCUGGACCUGGGAGACAGCGGCGGGUGCUAUGGUUAUGCCAGGCGCCUCGGAGGAGCCUGGGCCCGGCGGAGCCACUCUGUCCAUGGGGGGCUGCUGGGGGCAGGGUGCCGGGGAGCGGGGGGCAGUGCGGAGAGACUGGAAGAAAGUGUGGUAUGAUGGGAAGGGAGUCGCCCAGGGCGGAGGGCAAAGGGCGGCCGGCUCCUGGCCUGGGUGGGUGAGCACGGCCGGGAGUCCCUCCCAGGUCUACCCACGGUACCUCAGGCCCCCUUGUGCUUGGCAGGACGGGGGCCCUUUCCCUGGUUCUGGCCUGAGGGGACAAGUCCCUCCAACAGGUGCUCACAGCCGUCGAGGCAGGGGCUGCAGCCACCAAGGGGGAGUCUUGUUUGUCUUUAUAAUAAAAUGAUUGGGGACACCUCA